CCGAAUGCUGUGGAUGGCAGCAGAUUCACCCUCCAAACAGGCGAGAGCAAACUGCUCCUAAUCUGCAAAAACAAUUUUAGACUCAGGCAUUUGAACAGUUAAGGUUCCUCAAGAAAGAGAAUUAUGAAAAGCACAAUCACAGCUGCCAUAUGCCUGGUCUUCCUGGCCCCUCUCAGCACUAAAGGAAUGAGUGUGCGGGGAAUAGGGGUGGAUCUGCAGUGUCGUUGUAUCGAGACGGAGAGCCGACGAAUGGCGAAACUCAUCCAGAGUGUGGAGCUCUUCCCUCCCAGUGCCCACUGCAAGGACACGGAGAUCAUUGCCACUCUGAAAGGGACUGGUCAGCAGAUCUGUCUGGACACCACCGCUCCCUGGGUCAAAAAGGUCAUAGAGAAAAUCCUGGCCAACAAAACAGCCUGAUCCUGGAAGAUUUGAAAUCUGGAGUGUGAUGUAAGAUGUAUUUCAUGCAUGCAGUGUGAUAUACACACAGAAGUGUAUGUCAGGGACACACUUUUAACCAUAUGUGCACACAGGCAUGGGCCCCUCAUCUGUAUAAACAAAUAGGACAGCCUUCUAUGUAUAUGCAUUUUCAUAAUAAAUAACAAAUAAAAUAAUGGAAUAAUUAUCUGUUAUAUACAUCCAGGUACUCACAUGCACAAAAUUGCAUGCAUGUAUAAUUUUGUGCGCGCACACAUGUUCCUAUGGAUGGCAUGAGAAAUAUGAUCCUAAAACUUAUGGACACAGUUGCAAGUUCCCACAUUAAAUGUGCAACUUUUGUGUCAGUGUGACACUUUUGUUGAAAAAUGUUAUGAACUCUUGAAAUUUGCAUUCUAGGAUAAAUACAGUAAUUGUUUCAUUAAAUGAAAUUCAACCAAA